ACCACCCGCGGGAGGCGGAGGGAGCCGCGCUGCGAGCGGCCGCGAGCUCCUCCCCCGGCACCUCCACUAUCUGGGUCAGGACGCGGCGGCCGCGACGCCGGAUCUAGAGCCCGCGGGCUCCGGGGCUACUGUUCUGCCGUUGCCCGUCGCCCGCAGGUCCCGGUCGCCAGCCUGCGACGCCGGAGAGGCCUGCGCAGCGAACACAAAAACAAAUCCCAAGAAAUGCCUCAUCCUAGAAACAAAGAACUCAUACUUGGCAUCAUGGUGGGAACUGCUGGAAUCAGCUUGCUGCUUUUGUGGUACCAUAAGGUCCGUAAACCAAGAAUAGCAGUGAAUUUACCUAAAUUUCUUUCUCUUGGUAACACAUUUGAUGCAAUGACGUUGCAAGAUGGAAUACAUAAUGACCAAGAUACAGCCGAGAUCCUUCAAGGAAGGCAACUUCAGAUACUGGAGAAAUUAAAUGAAUUACUGACAAAUAUGGAAGAACUCAAAAAGGAAAUCAGAUUUCUUAAAGAAGCUAUUCCAGAGCUGGAGGAAUAUAUACAAGGUGAACUUGGAGGGAAGGCAACUGUUCAUAAGAUAAGUCCUCAGCACAGAGCUAGAAAAAGAAGGCUCGCCACAGUUCAAAGUUCAGCAACAAGUAAUAGUUCAGAGGAAGCAGAAAGUGAAGGAGGUUUCCAUAUUGCAGCUGCAAAGAUGACCAGAGCUUCCAAUCAAAUUAUCCUGAAGAUCAAGUUACUGCAGCCCACCAGCAUCACAGAGUACCUUCUGUUUCACAACCAAAUAUGGCUCUUGGUGGUAAAACGUCUCAUCCUUCUGCAGCACUUUAGAGAUGAAAUAGAAUUUAUGUGGCGAUUUGCUCGUGCUUAUGGAGACAUGUAUGAAUUAUCUACAGAUGCAAAAGAAAAAAAACAUUAUGCUAAUAUUGGAAAAACUUUAGGUGAAAGAGCUAUUAGUAGAGCACCCAUGAAUGGACAUUGUCACCUGUGGUAUGCAGUUCUGUGUGGCUAUGUAUCUGAGUUUGAGGGCUUACAAAAUAAAAUCAGCUAUGGACAUUGCUUCAAGGAACAUCUAGAUAUAGCAAUCCAACUUUUACCUGAAGAACCCUAUUUGUAUUACCUCAAUGGAAGAUACUGUUAUACUGUCUCAAAACUGAGCUGGAUUGAGAAAAAAAUGGCUGCUACUCUGUUUGGAAAAAUACCCUCUUCAACUGUGCAAGAAGCUUUGUACAAUUUUCUUAAGGUUGAAGAACUACACCCUGGUUAUUCCAAGUCUAAUUACAUGUACUUGGCAAAGUGUUAUAUUGAUCUUGAAAAAAAUCAGGAUGCUUUGAAGUUCUAUAAUUUGGCAUUAUUGCUUCCUACUGUUACCAAAGAGGAUAAAGAGGCACAAGAAGAGAUGACAAAAAUAAUCACUUCCUUGAAGAGAAAAGUUCCUGUCAGCCUCACUUCUUGCUGGUAAUGGCAGUAACUCCCUCAGCAGCCCUUCUUCCCAGAGCGAGCCCUCGGAGAACUGCAGUCCUCUGAGCACACUGGGCUGGCUCGAUGGCCCCGAUGGCCCCAAUGGCCCUGCUGCAGCCACUGGUUCAGCUCUGCCCACUUCUGCACCUCCAGUUUCCACCGCAUCUCAACCUCAUCCGCGGGCGGAUCCCAGUAAACAUUGAAGCCUGAGUCACGGAAGAAAUAAUCAAAACAACCUUCAGAAGUACCCUGUGGAGGAAGUUGAGCAGGUAAAUUGGGCCUGUGACACCAGAACAUUGUUGGGAGAAGGGAGAUGUAAGUCACGUGUCACUCUUGUUCUCUUGAUCUGCUAUACUUAUGAGAACCCCUGUUGAUACAAUCCCAGUCACGAGGUCACCGACCUCUCACAACACAAUCUAAGCUUCUUAUUUUGUUAUUCAAUUCUAUAUUUCCUU